AUGAUAGUCGCAUUGGUAAGUUAUCAAUCGACCGUUCGAAACCCGAUCGAUCGUCUCUCUUCUAGAUUCUGGCUCUGUCUGCUGGCUCCGUGCUCUCUGCCGACGUGGACUGUUUUGCGGAGAGAGACACUGGAAGUACUUGCUCGGAGAACAGUGCUUCCAGAAUGUUCUACUACCUUCCGAGACUCGGCACGUGCCAACCGUUCAUGUACCAGGGAUGCGGGGGAAACACAAACCGGUUCAGCACGGCUCAAGAGUGCAGAACGGCUUGUGCCAAUGCCCAGGAACAGAAGGACUCCACGUCGACCGACGAGACUGUGCAGAUGAAGAGUGAGUUCGAAAGAGUGUCUGAAUCGUCCGAGUAUGUUCCCAUCUUCAGCCGCCUGCUCAGCCAAGUACGACACCGACCAUCUGACUCCAGUCCGUUGCUCCUCCGCCGAAUCCACAUGUCCUCAGGGGUACAACUGCACCGAAUCCUUCUGCUGUCCAACUGCCAGUAAGCACCCUAGUAUCUCGAACUAUUCCUAAUCUCCCGAUUUCAGACUAUUUGUGCAACCUGACCUAUGAUUCUGGAAAGUUUGCCAUCGGCGGUGAGAAGAGUGACAAGUACUUCUGGGUGCCCAAGUACACCACUUGCAUGCGCUUCUCUUUCUACGGCACGCUCGGCAACGCCAACAACUUCCCGAACUACAACUCGUGCAUGGCCACGUGCGGCAACCAGACCAGCAGUGCUCAGUAGCAGAAGAAGAAGUGCUUCCUGUUUGUACCUUUGAAUCUAUUCACUAUUAAGAUUUUUCUUGUCGGGUUUUUGUGCAUUUCGUAGUAUUCGACCAUGACAGAAUGAAAUCUUUUUAACAAUUAAAGUUCUCCUAAUUGCGACAGUGAUUCAGGUGUUUGUUCUUCAAAGCAAACACCUAAAACGAUGAUAUUCUUUAUGUUUUCUUUUGAGCUUACAUUGAAGGUUCAUAGCACAGAAAAACCGUUCAUUUAAAGUAAUGUAUCUCAGGAGAUUGUCAAGAAGUGGUCGACUAAUAAAUUGUACAAAAUGUUUCAAUGAAAAUAUUAUUAGUUGACAAUUUGUUGAUAUCUAUAACAGUGGCUGACAUAUAUCGUCAUGAACAGACAUAAAGGUACUUUCGAGCAACUAUCAUGCAUUUCCUGACACGGCAGAAAUAGGCCAUCUUUGUCACAGUCUGUUUCAUUGAUGUUGAUUCUUAAAACGUUCAGAGCGAAACCAAACGAAAGUGAUGAACACAAGUAACCGAUGAAUUUCUGAGGGAGGAAACCGAGGAAAAGUUAAAAGGGGCGAAUGUUUGGGUACGCGAGAACUGUGUUGUGUCUCGAGCAAAUAAUAUAAAAGAAAGACGGGCCACGGCUCUUACCUAACUUUGCCAACUCUUUUCAUUUUCAUUCGCUGGCGAUGCUCUCGGUUGUGAUUCUUUGGCUUCCCUCGCCGUUCUGGCGAUUUCCUAUCCUUCCUACGGACAGUAUAGCGGCUACAAUCAACAAUAUCAGCAGCAGCAGCAGUAUGGUCCUCAGUAUUAUCCGCAAGGUGGUCAGGGAGGAUAUCAGGGAGUAUACCAAGGAGAUCAGGGAGGCUAUCAAAGUUAUCAAGGAGGUAACAAUGGAUACAGUUAUUACCCUGCAAUGGAUCUGACGAGCUACUAUGGUUCUCAGGGAACUCCACAGUAUUAUGGGUGAGCUUUGAUCCGAAUCGAUUCAAAGAAGAUCUUUCAUUUUCUAAACUUCAGAUACCCAUCAUCCGCCUCGUACCAAAUGAGCCCGUACUACCAGAAUCAGAACCAGAACCAGCAGUACAUGCAGCAACAGUACAGCACUCCUUCGCAGUCCGCGUGGUCCUCUCUUUAUUACGGCGGACAGCAGCAGUCGGCCCCCAUGAACUUCGGAACUCCGCAGCAAAACUCGUGGAGCCAGAGCCAGAGCAACUGGGCAAGUCCGUAUCAGUUCACCAAAGUGAACGCGCAAGUGAACGCUUCCCAGGACAACGACGAUAACGACGACGGAUCGGGCUCCGGAAUGGACUCGGCAGAGUGAGUUGUUGACCGAACUUUGACAAACCAAGAAAACAGUAGGAAAGCUUUUUAUUGUUUGCAUUUGCACAGUGACAAAUCGAAUGUGUGUGUGUGGAUUUUUGGACAGAAGAAAGACAGUUGAGAAGUUGGAAGUAGGCAAACAGAUAAGAGAGCGAGCAGAAAAGAAUAGUUUCUAGCCAGGCUAGAAAGUAUUUGGUCAUUCAAGCGUUGACUGAUAAAGGACACCAGUAUAAGAUUGUGAUCAUUUCAGACAAACAACGGGCAACGACGACUCUCAGAUGGUGACCAACGACGACUAG